GAAAUACUAAUAAGUAUAGGGACCUUACGAACACACCAGCAAUGAAGGGUUGAGAAGAACAAAACCUCAGUUCAGCCAUGAAUAUGGACACUAAAGAAUGAAAAACAUAUGAUUUCCUCUUUUGGUAUAAAUAAGAAAAAGAAAGGGAAGGGAAAAGGAAAUCCUUCUUUUACCAAUUGCCAGUGAAUCACCUAGAAAACUUGAAACAACUACGAGCUGAUUUCCUUUCCUAACAGAACGUUGUGAUAUGUACGAUGGAAAAAGCUUGUGGAAAGAGAUGUUGUUUAUGUUUUGGCCCCUGUGAGAAAAGGUUAUUGUUAGACUAAGUGGAAUGGAUUCCGAUAGAUCAACAGACUCUAUUUCUCUAUUUUCCUCUCUCCUCAAUAUCCGUUUAUUUUAUUUUACACUUUUUUAUAGGCCCUAGUUCGUUUGGAAGGAUGUUUGCUACGAAUCUCCUACCUGAUAUUAUAAAAGACAAACCAAGGCAGCAAGGACGCGUUUGUCUUUCUGUGUAUUUUCCUUAUCUUCCUUCUAACGUGGCUUCUCAAUUACGACCCCUUCUCCCUGUUUACUUCAUGGAAGCUACCCUACCGACUUUUCGUAUCAAACCAAGGAUGAUCGUCUAAAGACUCUUAGCUCGGUAAAAAUCGCUCAACAUAAUUCUAGUCUUCAUCACUUCAAAUGACUCUAAUGGAAGGUAUUUUCAAGGACUCUUCUUCCUUUAAGCUGUGUGUGAAAUUACGGAUCCCGAAACCAUCCUCGUGAUAACUUGACAUCCAAUAUACUGUAGGCUGCAGACCCUGGGAAAUUCGUGUCCAUCUCUUCUUGAUUCUAAGAAUGCGAGGCUUUGUAUCGUAAGGCUUCCACUGCUCUGCUCGUCUCUCUACCUUCGUUUCUUCUUUUCCACCCAACUUUGCCUUGAGCGAAUCCCCGGAAGAUAGCAAGCUCGUUUGGGUUCGCUAUUUCGAGAUAGAUUCACAAGCAUAUAUCUCGGAGAAUGAACAAGUAUAAAUAGAGACGCAAGUAUGACACUUGAAUUCUACCAACAAGAAAACUAGAAUUUGGCUUACGAUUGUUGUACAGGUUUGUUCUGAAAAAUAAAGAAAUUCGACUGUAUUUUUUGCAGCAUUAUAUUUGGCAGAUCCCGUUACCCUUCAUUCUUGUUUUUUGUGAUUUUUUAGAAAAGGGAACCCCCGUUUUUAUUUUAUUCAGAUUGUUUUACUUCGUCCUUGCUGAUAUCGUCGAAAACACGGUUUGUUUAUAUCUUGGUAUCGACGUGCAUUUUUCUUCAUAUCUCUAAUUCGUGUCAUAAGAAUCUUCUUUUGCUUUAUUGAAGUUUGAAACCCUUUUAUUUUUCUUGAUUUUGAUUAAUCCUUUUCUUUUUGCGUGCUAUCAUGACGUUCGAGAAAAAAGUCAUCUUUUUUGAUUUGGAUAAUUGCUUAUACCCUAAAUCGUAUGCCAUUCAUAACAUGAUGGCUUCGCGGAUCACAGCGUAUUUUGCAGACAAGUUAAAUAUUCCUGAGGAUGAGGCGGAGCGUUUACGCGAAAUAUAUUAUCGUCACUACGGUAUCGCCAUCCGUGGUCUUGUCCUUCAUCAUCAAAUCGACGCCGUUGACUACGACAAACGUGUGGACCAAUCACUUCCUUUGGAAAAGGUGAUCAAGCGAGAUGAUCGUUUGCGAGAGAUGCUACUUGAACUUCGUCAAAAGUAUAAACUCUGGGUAUUCACCAAUGCCUACAUUGUGCAUUGUUCCCGUGUUUUAGCUCUCAUGGGGAUUGCUGAUUGCUUUCACGGGGUUACUUAUUGCGACUAUGACGCCAAAGACUUAAUUGCCAAACCCAUGCCGGAAAUGUAUGCGCGUGUUAUGAAAGAUGCUGGCGUCACCAACAAGGAAAACUGUAUUUUUUUCGAUGAUUCUUACGGAAAUAUCAUUGGGGCAAAAGACUUUGGUUGGAAGUACACCAUUCAGUUGGUCGAACACCAAGAGCCUUUGCCCGAACCUCAGGCGGGUUCUCAUGUAAUUCGUGAUAUCCAUGAAGCAAAGGAUUUUUUAGAUUCUAUAUUCAAAGAUGAUGAUUAAAAAAUAUAAUCUUCCUAUGCAUUCCCUUCUCCCUUUAUUUUCUCUCAAUGCUUUAUCCUUCGAAGAACCCUCCACUGUCAAUAGACUGAUAAACGUGUUUAUAUGUUCUUUUAUUCGGAUACUAACGAUUACGAGCUUUCCCUGCGUUUAGCAACUCUUUCUUUUUACUUCCAGUUCCUGAAUACCUUUUUAGGAGGAUUUCAUACGUGUCUAUGAAUUCGUUAUGCCGCUUUAUCAUCUUAUGCAAACUUUUUAUGCCUUUCACGUGUAGAGCUUUUUACGUUUCCUUUUAUUUUAUGAGCCAUUCGUUUUAGUGUAAUGAAUUGU